GUCCUUCCCUCAUUCAAGCAACCAGCAUCAGAUGAGAUAAGUCCCAAUUCCCAAGAAGCAAACAAAUCUGAGAAUAAAAUAGAAAUUUUUGUGAGCUGAUCUAAGGCAACUCUUUUUCAAAAAAAAAAAAAAAAUUGAUCUUUUACAUGUGUCGAUUCAAAGGUUGUGGUGUCAACCUUCAAUUCAUCUGGCAAAUUUAGCCAACAUCUCUGCAAAUUUUAUGCGAUUAUCAAACAAAUACUAGGCGGUGUAUCAUCCGUGUAUGUAUCAACUUUCUAUAAAUUCUUCCAAAAAAAUGUUCCGUUUUCUUCCUUGUAAUUUCAUCUUCUAUUGAGUAUCACACACAAAAAAAAAAAAGAGAUUUAUUAGUGAAAAUGUUGAUGGGUCUUUUGAGCAUACAAUCUAUAAUGGAUUUAGUAGUAGCAGGUAUUUCAUUGAUGAUUGGGCUUGGGAUUUUCACCUUCAUUGCAUCGGUUCUUUGUUCUGCUGCCUUUUUUCAGCAUGCUAAAGAUGUAAAUGCCUAAUUUUGUCAAUGCCCAUUUCAAAAUCAGAAAUUAACAGAUGUGGAUCACAAUGGCAAAAACCAACAAAAAAAGGGGUCUCAGCUGUAAAGGGAAAAAUAAAAAAAUCAACCUCCUUUUGAAAUAAAGAGUUAUCAUGUGUGGAGUAGCCCCGAAAACUGUCACACACAUGGUGUUUGAAUGCCAUGAAGGUAAGCUCCUUUGGUGGUGCUCUCCUUUGAGAAUUGAGAUCAAUGAACAAACUUCGAGUUCAAUUGAAAGGGGGGGGGGGGGAAGAAUGGCAAACUUAUGCAAGGAAGAACGCUCCUGGGAAAUAAUAUUAUUGACAUCAUGGCAACUGUGGUACAUGAGGAAUCUAUGGAUGUUCGAGGGAAGAAAGAUUGAUCCUCCCCAAGCGCUAAACAAAAUAAUGAGCCAGUUGAAUGAAUUUGAAAUGGCUCAAGAAUGUGAAGCUACUACCCAGGAGGCACAUGACCCUAGAGAUCUGAACUUAGUGUGGUAUCCUGCAAGGGAUGGCAUGACUAAGCUGAAUACGGAUGCUGCUCUCACCAAGCAAGGAAAGGUCGGCAAAGGCAUGGUGGUGAGAGAUUUGGGAGAUAUAUUGAUGGUUGCGGGGGAGCGUGCGUGCAACACAGAGGAAGAGGAGGCUGUUGAAGCUGAAGCUGUUGCGCUCUUGUUUGGCCUGCACCUAGCUUUUGAAGCUGGAUUUAGUCUAGUGGAAGCUGAGGUGGAUUGCAGCAAGUUGGUGGCUCUAAUCUUGGGGAAGACGCUCUUAGGCCUUCUAUGGUGAUUGCGAAUGAUGUUAAAUCUCUAGCAAGUAGUUUUGUAGUUUGUUCUUUUGGUUCUAAUAGAAGGUCUUGUAAUAAGGUAGCUCAUGCCAUGGGCAUGGCUAACCUACUCUUUUGAGGAGAAGCUAGUGUGGGAUGGAAGAAAGUCCUAUGGACAUCCUUCUGUUUGUAGUGGCGGGCAAAUUCAUUGAAUGAUAAUUGCUAGCUGCUUUUCUCGUCAAAAAAUAAAAUAGAGUUUUGAUGGUUGGAUAUUACUAUAAACUCAAAAUAUGCAAUUGUAAUGUGUAUGGAACUGUAUAAUAUGCUACAUUAUACGUGUUUGAUGGUUGAAUAUACAACCUGAACUUGAAAUGUGCA